AUGGCCUCAACAGCUUGUUGUGUGAGUUGUUUGGACAACAUUGCUUUGGCGGGACACCUGUGGCAGGCCAUGACGGGACUCAUGUGUACCAAGUGUUUUUUGAAUCUUCCGCAGUCUGUUGCGGUCUAUGGAUACAUGGAAGGUCCUGGCAGGGAGCCAGGACUUCCAGCGGUGCCACCCAUGCUGGCAUAUAUUUUAGAGUCAGGAUGGCGAGUGACUUGGUCAACUGCGGCGCUCACUGCGUGCAUGCCAAGAACAACCAUCGAAAGUUUUACACCCUGUUUUUCAAAGUUUUGGGUCGGGCCAGACGACGCCACCAUACACUCUGUCCAUGACAGUACGGAUGGUAGGAUGCUUUUGGCUACAAAAGCAUACCCACCACUGCAACUCCAGGGACUGGAGUUGUUGACAGCUGUCGCUUCCGCUGUCGAACCGGAACCAGAAUUGGGAGUGAAGGAUCUGACCCAGCCUCAGCAGUCUGGGAAAGCAGAGCCUGCACAGAGGACUGUGCCGGCCAGGGAAAGCAGUGUCCCUGUUACGGGACCAGAGCCAACCCUUGUGAAACUUCAGAGCCAGGAGAAGCACCGCUUGGAGAGAGAGAAGGCGAGACACCGAGAGAGAGAGCUGAGAAUGUGGGGGUCGAGCAAGCAGCACGCAGACCACAGACAUCGAAAGAAACAGAACCCAUGGCCACCAGCGAGCGGUCGUCCGCUGGUGAGACGAGAGCCACGCAAGGAAACAGAGGAAAUACGGAAGAGGUCAGCUGAAGGCCAGAGGAAGGAGCAGCCUCUCGAGGGUCCCAGGGUUGAAGGUCAGGGAAUGUUGGAUUUCAUUGAUCUCUCCCCCCCUCACGGUUUUGACUUUUGA